UUCAAUCAAUCAAUCAAAUCAAAGAAGAAGAGAAAGGAGAAAAAGAGAAGUGCAUCGUCUCAUUAAACCCCCAAUAAACCGGAGAUGGAGGGGGAGCUCACGAAGAAGAUGGAGAGGAAACUCAGGAAGAAGCAGAAGAAGCUAUUGAAGAAGAUGGGGAAAGAGAAGCCCCAAUCCCUGGUAAAGGAAAUCAUCUCCGUGGAGAGGGAGCGUAGAGACUUGCAUGCCUCACUUACUCCCACGUUCUCUGUCUGGAAAGAAAUCGAUUCUCAAACAACGUGGACAAUCGCCACAAAGGACCCUGCUACUGCUACUACCAGGGACGAUGAGAAUCAACUUGCGGAGUACUUCAACUUGAUGCUCCAAGAUAUGGAGGACCUGGGCCAUCGGAUGCUUUCUAUGCUGUAUUUUCUCAACAAAUCCAAUGACCCCAUCUGCUCCUACAAGGCCACCGAGCUGUGCAAUACAGCAGCCAAAUUAAAUAUGCAGAUAUCCAAGGGAUUCAGCAUGUACCAUGAGCCGGAGCAGGAGCCGGAGCCGGGGCAGAUCAACUUGUCGACUCUUUUCAGCAAAUAUUAUCGAUUUCCCAAUAAUUACGAGAACACCUUGGCCAAGUUAGACAUGAGGGAGGAGGAGACCAAGUGUGAGGAUGUUAAGGUGAAGAAGACCAAGGAAGAGGAGGACAAGGAGAAUGACCCAUCCACAAUCAAGUAUUUCAAGAAAAGUCUGGAGCUUGAUCAAUACUUUUUCGCCAAGGAUCGGAAAUACUGGGAAAAUGGUUGGGCCAGCAAGAUUGGCCGCUGCGGUGGAUUCGCAAAUACAACCAUACUAAGCCCUAUGCAGUUUACACACUACACACCUGGCAGCAUCCCAUCCCUUGCUGCCGUCACUGGUACUACUUUGCAGAUCUAUUCAAUUAAGAUAAAGAAUCUGAAAGGCUUGAAUUGGCCACUCAAAGUGUAUGGCAAGGUUGCUGCUCGAGACACUGUGGACCGCAACCGCAACAUUCUGUUCUCUCGGCCAAAGUUUGAUUAUCAAGAACUAAAUGGAGAAAAUGAUUCCUUAUGCUUGAUUGGUCCGUCUCGUGCGAUUGUUAGUUUUGACCAUGUCGACUUUGAAGUUGAACUCAAAGUAAUCGAUGAAGCUGAGUCGCAAAGAUUGAUUAUUUGUACAGGCCGUUACGGCGGUACAGAUGAUUUUUACACUUCCUCAGCCAGUGUGACUUAUGGUGGUGAUGGACCUACCUUCUUGCUCUCCAACCAUCGUUGUACAACUGAGUUAACACUUGAGCAGCUUCAUAAAUCGCACCAAGCUACUAUUGUGGGCAUACGAGUAACCAAAGGGGAUUGGCCUUUCAAACAUGGAUGUCGGGUCAUUUGCUUUUGGGCUCCUUCUUCUGCUGUAGAUGUGAUCGAUACCACUUGCAGGUCAAUUGUCUUGCUUGAUGAUCGUGACAAAGAAAUACAUUCAGGUUCAGGCAAGUAUCUUCACUUGUCGAGACGAGUGGUUUCAGUGAAAUCAUAUGGGAUUCUAAGAGUGACCAUAGAAGCAUACGGAGGGCCCGGUCAGUGUAUUGCACAAAAGGGGCAUGUUGACUUUCCUGUUAAGCAGUGCCAAACAACCGCGUUUGAUUGUGUACUUGGGGACACCACAUUGGAGGUGGUUGUAGCUUGGUCGUUGCUUAUCAAGGACAAAAUGGAUCUCCAGGUCCAAGCGGGGCAAUUUAAUGGAGAAAAGGUCUAAGAGCUUAUGUUAAUU